CGACGAUCCAGUAUCUCCGGCUCUUGACCCCACCGCCAUUGGACUCCUUCGUCCUCCCUCUGCCACUUUUAAAAGUCUUUCUCUCCUUUUACAGUCUUUUUCUUUUUUGUGGUCUCCAAGAUGCCCGCUACGGCGUCCCGUGCCGUUCUUCGGCAAUCGCAGUUCCUGACCCGGAGGACCGCUGUCAGAUACGCCUCUUCCACCUCGGAGACUGCUCAGAAGGCUGGUGAGGCUGCAUCCUCUGCUGCCUCCAAGGCGUCUGAGGGUCUCUCUCGUGUCACAUCGACCGCUGGCCCCGCUCUUUCGAAUGCCGCUCAGGGCGUCGGCAGUGCUUUGAGGAAGGUUGGUGGAAGGACCGGAAAAGUCAUCGCUUUCGUCGAUUCUAUGAUACCCCCCACCCUCUACUACGGCAAGGUCGGCCUUGAACUCGCCAAGCUCGUUUUCCGUGGACAGAACAUGACUCCUCCCAACCUGGCUACCUUCCAGUCCUUCUACCAGCCUCUGCUCAACGCUUUCCGCAGCCCUGCCGCCCUUAAGAACGCCAACUUCGUGUCGCCGGGAGACAUCGCCGCCCGUGUCCGCAAUGCCAACAAGAAGGAAAUCGCCCUGGCCGGUGUUACUCUCGCGGAGGUUAUCGGAUUCUUCACCGUCGGUGAGAUGAUCGGUAGAAUGAACAUUGUCGGCUACAGGGGCCACCCUGAGCACCACGGAGACCACUAGAUCACCCGCAAGCACUAAUGCAUGGCCUGUCUUUUUUAUAUUUCCUUUUAUCACUGCGUUCUGUACUAUUGUAUGAUAGACGAUGGAAUUUAACUGUUGUCUGAGGUAAAUCACGCACUUUUGGAGGAUUCCCUCUUCUCCCUUGGAUGCUUCACUUUCGAUAUACAUGUCAACUGUUGCUCUUCUUGUUCUUUUCCUAUUCUACCUGUGUCAAAAGUGGAAGUCGUAUAGAGAUGUCCGUCAAUUAUGUGUUAGACGUGCGUUUGAAUUGAUCAUUCGUUACUAUCUCCUAGUCCUACUGAUAUCUACGUAGCCAGCAUCAAUGACAAGGGUGUAACAAUUGCAAACCUCUAGAAUGCAAUACAUAAUAAAAAUACCGCUCCGAAGCAAGGGUAGGUACCUCCCUCCACCAUAGUGAAAUUUCUAGAACGGGCCCUGGAAUCAAAUCAAUUUAAUGCUAGCAGCUUUUUUGUGGAGUCCGGUUUAAGGUACGGUACCGUAACAGAUGGAGAAACACAACGCUGAUUGGCCCGUGCGGGAAAGAAUUUCUGCUUUCCAACUUUUUUUUUUAUACCGCGUAUCCAACCACCACCACACCUCUAUAG